CAAAAAUCCUUCUUUACUUUGACUGGCGACCUCUUAUGUUAUACCCCGCUCCACCUUGUUAUAAAAUUCGCCAGUUUCCCCUUGAUGGCCCAUACCCCUUCCCCGAGGGGGGAGUUUUAUAUUCACCAUCAUCUUGCUACCCCGUGAAUCUUAUGAUCUCAGAAAAUCCGAAGUAUAGGUUUCAUUGGAUCCUUUGUCUAUACAUGCUAUAAGCCGAUCCAAUAUCAGGGAGUUCCUACACUCGAAUCUGGUCUCCGCAUAUAUUUCUCCCCUUUCUUCAAAGUACACCAUUCGAGUCUGUGGAUUACUAUCAUGAUGGCUGGGAAUCAGAGGGAUGCUAAUAUCAAUGGGCCACAUGGAGCUCAUAGACCUCAUGCCCCCAUCAUUCCCACUGGCCCUGGCAGUCGUCCGGUUGGUCCACAGCUACCACCCGUGCAACCAUCACCAGGUACUACUCGAGCCGGGAUAACGGCGGAUGUGGCUAGGGGACCAUCCGUAGAGAUAUCAGACGUCAGCCGUGAUCUCAAAACGAUGGACGACAUGAGAGAGGAUCUCACAGAAUACGCCAUCUUCCGGUUCGAGAAGAUGUCGACGCGAAAUCAAUACGACGACGAGGGUAGACCACAGCGACCCACUUGGGAUAGGGCGAUAAGAACUCGAGUUCCUGGGAUGUCCCCAAGGGAAAUUGUUCGAGAAAUACAGCAUUUGAACAGGCAUACGCGUAAUCUGACCGAUAAGCUGAAGUCCUUGAGCCCCGUAUUACAACGUCAGAUCGACAAGGCGCAAGAAGAUCUCGCUUUGCAGAACUCCGAUCCGAUUAACUACCACUGGGUUCUGAUCCAAUUAGACCAUCAACUUAGAGAGAUUGCCCCUUCCAUCGCAUUUGCUGGUGGAAGUCAUUCAACGUCCCGGAGACGCUAUGGUUCUACUAGGAGACGGCCUUACGGGCGAGGUAGUAGGCACGAGAGCAAAUCGUUCGAGAGGGUUUCUCUACGAGCUUAUUUCAAACGCACGCCUAGACCGAACGUUGAUAUUUCUAUGCUCUGGGAAGCGAAGAACUUGCGGAAUAGUCAGGUCGUCCGCCCACACUCAUACCCUCAGCAGCAACAGCACUCGCAUCAGAAUCCCCAUCAACAGCCGCACAUCCACCAACAGCCACAACUGCAGCCAAACCCUGGCUUAGACUUGCGAGCACAGCGGCCGAGUGCUGUUGACUCAGGGGGUAGCACGCCGUUUCGACCAGAUAGGGCCCGUGGCCCGCCACCCAUCGCACCAUAUCCCAAUAAACCCGGGGCCGUUAAAGGGAUUAACCCCGUCAACAAUGUUGCGGUUGGUGAUAGAGACAUAGGUGGAGGUAGAGGAAACGAUCCAGCUAGGAAUCAUGAUAACCAUAGUGAUAUCGAAAGUGACUCGGAUUACUCGAAUUAUCUAUCAAUGGAUGGAUCAGUUGAUAGUCAGAUGACGCCUGAUACUUCUCAACCCGGAUCACCAAUAAAUGGUAUAAGCCACGCCAGGGGUCGUGGUGAAGACAGAAUGCCGCCUAGGCAUAAGAGCAGAAUACGUGACGGCAAUAUUCAUGACCGGCGUUCCCUAGGGAGCCAAGAAUACCACAACGUCAAGGCUAGGUCAAGGGUACAGUCUGCGGUUACGCCAGGGCCUCCCCGCCCGCCUCCGCCAUCGAUGGUAGACAUCGACAAGGUUAGAGACGAAGCUUACUUGGCGGGAAUGCGCCACGGGCGAGACAAGGCGCGAGUUUCCCAGGAACGAGCAUACCGGGAAAGCAAACGGUCACGGCCCAGACCGCAUAUUAUCUCGGCAACUCGGCCAUUAACUCCUCCAUAUGGAAGGCGUAUGUCUAGUUCCGACCUUGAAGGAUAUCGUCAUCAGAGAGACCUGGACGAUGAGAUAAGUCGGUUCAAUCGCCUAUCGCUCGACGAAGAAGACGAUUAUGAACCCGUACUUCGUCAUGCGGAUGCUCGACAACGAAAAGAGUUCGAACAUCUCAUGCAUCAAGGAUCGGUUCUGGAAGGCGAUCCUUUUGACCGCGAGAGAUCCUCGUACUCAAGACAUGGCAGUAGACGAUACCAGAACCCUUACAUGACGGACGGCUCCGAAAGCGAUCUCAGUCUACCGGAAAGAGGCAAAAUGUGGUUCCGUUAUUGAGUCCUGGUUGGCUAAGUGAAUUGCGGUUCUAUUCCCAUUAUCCUUUUCCUCGAUAUGUUGUGUCUAUUUUUUUAGUAGUCCGUUAUAGGUCGGAGUAAUGUCCAAAAAUAAUACGUACAUGCGAUAACGUUGAGUUAUAUACCUACCCUCAACUAUUCACAUGCAAGUAAUCAUGUAAAUAUACUUUCUGAAGUUAAAACAUCGAAGGAAAGAACUUGGGGAUGUAAUUAAGUAUACUAUACUUGACGUAAUGAUGCAUUACAUAUGGGUCCAUAAGUAUAAAACACUUGAUGAGCAGCGGAUGAGCGAUUUCGUGGUGACGA